AUGGCAAAAAUGAACAUCGUAUUCUGUGAGAAGUUGACUGAUUUAGUUAAAGGCAGAGGCAUAAUCAAAGGUCGCCUCACAAGACUAACAACCUUUAUUAAUAGCAUAACUCGAGAUCAAUUAAAUAGUCAAAAAUGCAUUGAUUUAAAACUGCGUAUGCAAGGCGCAGCCAGCUUACUUACUGAAUUUAAUAAUAUUCAAACAAUGAUUGAGAAGAUAGUGAUAGACUCUGAUUUAGAUUGCCAAUUAAAUCAACGAGAUUUAUUUGAGGAUAGCUAUUAUAGUGCCUUGUCACGAGCUGAAUACUUACUUAACCGAGCCGAAGUCUCUGAUGGCUCCAGUGUGUGUCAUAGUAAAAUAAAAUCAAUUAAAUUACCUGUCAUAUCUAUGCCUACAUUCGAUGGUUCAUAUGAGCAUUGGCUCGAGUUUCGAGAUACAUUUAUGUCUUUAGUUCAUAAUUCUAAUGAAAUUAGCGAUAUUCAAAAAUUUCAUUACCUAAAAUCCUCAUUAAAGGGCAGUGCGGAGUUGGUUAUAGAUUCUGUGGAGUUCUCAGCCAGCAAUUAUACUAUAGCAUGGGAAUUACUUCUCAAUAGAUACAAUAAUAGCAGUAUGUUAAUACACAACCAUGUUAAGGCCUUAUUUACCAUUCAGAAAUUAACUAAGGAGUCGUACCACAUGCUCAGGCGCCUAAUUGAUACAAUACUUAAGAAUUUAAGAGCUUUAAAAAUGCUUGGUGAACCCACUGAGCACUGGGAUACACUGGUCAUAUUCAUAGUCACUUCUAAAUUAGAUGAAACUACUGAACGCGAGUGGGAGCAAUAUAAGUGUACUAUUCGUAAACACAAUGAAACUAAAUCAUCACUAAAGGUGGAUGAUCUACUCACCUUUCUCAGGGACCGUGCUGAGAUGUUGGAAACAUUGCAAGCCUCUCAUAGUAAGAUUAAUCUUGAUUCCAAAAAACAAACUACACAUAAGGCUCAAUGCAAUGUCUCCACCAAGUCACAACAAAGUCGCACUACCUAUAAGAAGCCAUGUUUAAUGUGUUACAAUGAUCAUGCACUGUAUUCCUGUCCAAAGUUUUUGGAUGCUAAUAUAGACACUAAACUACACUUUAUAGCUACCAACAAGUUGUGUGAGAACUGUUUACGCUCUGGACAUACGUUAGAAACAUGUAAGUUUGGUCCGUGUCGAAAAUGUAAUAGAAAACAUAAUACGCUAAUUCAUAGUGACACGUCUAAUGACGCUCAAGUAAUGACGCUUCAUUCAAAUUGCAAUAAUCGUGAGCCGAGAGAUGUACCGACCGCGCCCGCGACCCCCGCGGUCCCCGCGGUCGACGUCCCCAUGCAUCGGUCUAGCACGGCACAGGUAAACAAGCCGCACAUAGAUAACACUCGCUAUACGUUCAAUAAUCAAUCAGUUAAAAUUGACGUAACACCGAACACUGGGGAGGCGGCCAUCUUGAUCGGGGCAUUGUCGAUUGGACAGUUGAAGAGGCAACACGUUGCGCGCGCGCCCCACGUGUUCGGUGGAACGUCUUGA